UUUGAGCAGCACUGUCUGUGAAACGUUCUUUCUAACCUCAACGUUUGACCCAACCCUGACGCGUCGUCUAUUGAAAGCAGAUGGUAUAAUUGAUAAAAGUGUUGAACGUAUCUUGAAGGAAAUAUCGUUAACGUAAAAAUGGGUACGAGAGGACAAACUAGAAGAAUACAAGAGACGGAACCACGCGUCGACUACGUACAAUGCGAAGGUUUGACGGUAAUGAAAAUGGUUAAGCAUUGCCACGAAGAGUCAAUGAGUAACAUGGACGUUGUACAAGGGGCCCUGCUGGGUUUAGUUGUGCAGAAUCGUUUGGAAAUUACUAAUUGCUUCCCUUUCCCCAAACACGAUGAUAUUACGGAUGAGGAUGAGUAUCAGUGCGCCAUGAUGCGGAGGCUGCGCAGAGUUAACGUAGAUCACUUUCACGUCGGGUGGUAUCAGAGCGCCGAUGUUGGUAAUUUCUUGAAUUUGCCACUGUUGGAAUCGCAGUAUAACUACCAGACUUCUAUUGAGGAAUCGGUUGUUGUAAUUUAUGAUACUGCAAAAUCGGCUAGAGGCUUCUUAACAUUGAAGGCGUAUCGUUUGACUCCUCAAGCAAUUCAGAUGUACAAAGAGGGGGAGUUCACACCAGAAGCUCUACGUACACUCAAGAUUGGAUAUGAAACGCUGUUCGUCGAAGUUCCCAUUGUCAUAAAGAACAGCAAUUUAACUAAUAUUAUGAUGUCGGAGCUUGAAGAAAUGGUUCCAGAGGAAGAAGGUUCAAAAUAUUUGGACCUUGGUACUGCGACGGUCUUGGAAACCCAAUUGCGCUGUUUAAUGGACCGAGUGGACGAACUUAAUCAAGAAGCUAUGAAAUUCAAUCGUUAUCAACAUUUGGUUAUACGUCAACAGCAAGAUAAGAACAGACUGCUAUUAAAGAGAGCUCAAGAAAAUGCUGCUAGGGCUGCGAAAGACGAACCACCGCUUCCAGAUGAUGAUAUUAACAAAUUGAUCAGACCGUUGCCUGUUCCUCCAAGGUUAAACCCUAUGAUCGUUGCGGGACAAAUCAGCACAUACAGUCAGCACAUUUCCCAAUUUUGCUCUCAGAGUUUGGCAAAAUUAUAUAUUACUCAAUGUCUUCAAAAUGCUAAAGAAUCAAAGUCCUCCAACUGAUUGUAAUUCCUUCAUCUUUUCUAAUAAUCUAAAUUACUCGACCUCCCAAUGUUAAUGUAUUAUUUGACAUUAGGUGUGAACUUGUCGAAUUCUUGAGCAGAGGAAAAAGUAAAUAUUGUUUAAAGAA